GAUCUGGGAGGCAAGCAGUGAGGCAGAAGAGGCACUUAAGCAUCACACGUCAGCGAACACAUGUUGUUAUUUAAUGCCACGCUUGCAAAAUUUACGAUAUAUCUGGCUAGCUCGCAUGUACCAUUACCCUGGAGAGCCUCAAGUGUGAGUGUGUGUGUCCUGCGAAGAGGCGCCUGAAGAGAGAUACGAGGGGCCAUAUUGUACAGAAGGCAAGAUGGGGCUGGAGGACUACAAGGACCUCAUCUCCACCGUGGGCACCAUUGUCACCAUCAUCCAGUUCCUGAGUGGCAUCGACAUCUGCCGCAGGAUCGUCAGGCAGGGAUCCACAGGGGACAUUUCCGGCUUCCCCUUCGUCGGGGGGGUCUUCUCAACCAGCACGUGGCUCACCUACAGUCUGCUGCUGUGGGACAGUGCGAUGUCUGUCACUAAUGCUGUUGGGCUCUCACUGCAGGUGAUCUACUUGUGCACCUACGUGAGGUACUGCACCUCCGCCGGGCCGUGGCUCACCGUGCGUCGCCAGAUUGCUGUGACCAUGAUGGUGGUGGCUCUCAUACAGUACUACGUCUUCCUCUCAGGUGACGAUUCAGAGAACGUCAAGACGAGAGUUGGCUUAAUGUGCUGUUUGGCGAGCAUCGUCUUCUGUGCCUCACCUCUCAUCUCCUUGACUGAGGUGUUCCGAACUCAGAGCUGUGACGUGCUGCCGUUCCCCCUCAUUUUCACUACCUUCCUCGUCACUGGCCUCUGGUGGCUGUAUGGCAUUGUCAUCCAGAACAACUUUGUCAAGUACCCCAACCUGAUUGGGUGCGCCAUCUCCGGGUUCCAGCUCUUGCUCUUCAUUGUCUAUCCCAGCAAAAGAAAAGACGGUGGGCCAGGCGACUCGAGGGCCGUGUAGGGGAGCGGGAUGCAUGCGGCCGCCAAGAUCCGUCCUUCCUCUGCCCUCUCGGUUUCCACAGAUAUUUAUUCCGGUAUAUAUUUUAUAAGAGAUUUUAUAUGUGUUCGUGUGUGUGUGUGUGUGUGUGUGUGUGUGUGUUGAUACUGUGAACUGAUAUCCUGGAGUUUACUUAUGAGGUGUGGGAAUGGUGUGGGUCAUGUGCUGGUGAAGGAGUGCUCUCUCCCUUUAGUCAGUGUGAUAAACUUCCACAUAACCAGGAAGGAAAUUUUAUGCUAAGAUAAAUGAAGACCUUUUGUAAAUAUAUUUUUUCAAGGAAGUAUAUGUACUAUGAAGUGUGGUUCAUAAACACUGCAAAAUGAGGUGCACGAACGUUGUAGAUGUUGAGAUGAAGAGCUCUUAACAGAUUAAAGUUGUUAUCAGAAACAUAAGAUGAGUGGCAGCGACACACAAAAGUUACCAAUAGUCAUGAAAACGUGUAUUUUUGCCAGAAUUAUAGGACCUCCUACACAAAAGUUAAAUUCAGACACUUUAUAAGCGUCUUAUUGUAUUUUGUGAUAUACUGAUAUAGCUGCAGUUAAUUUGCUCGAUGGAAAAAAUACUUAAGUCUUCAAGACUUAUUUCUCUAGCCAUGUAGACUGACAGAUCUGAGAGCAUGAUAUAAGAGUAUCUCAAACAAAACUGACUUUUCCAUUGCCUUAGUUAGGAAGGGUUUAGGACCAUUUGUAAUGUUGUGCCUUUUCAUGUCAUCAACAAUUGUGACUAAUGACAGUGAUAGGAAUGUAGUGCUAGGUAGUCUUUGGGACAGGUCAAGCUCACCUGAGAUUGAAACUUAAGAAUCUCGUGAUCGCUACUUUGGUUUGCAGUUUUGUCUUAAAUAUGAUGGACUUAAAAGGUUUUCAAACAUAUGGUAUUUAUAUUCUUCAACCCUGACAUAUUACAAUGUGACUUGCACAGUAAUGCAGGGCAGGCCAAGAGAGACCUGUCAUGAGCUAUUCAUUGAAAGGCGGCCAUCAGCCAUCACUGUAGUAGAAUGAUAACUGAGUGAGUGGUAAUGUGUCAAAGUCAAAUAUACUUGUACUUAACUGUUGUUGUGCUGUGCUAUAUUGUUUCUAAUGGAUGUUCCACAAACAACUUCAUUCAGGGAGAACAAGUACAACAGUUGCAAUUUCUUAGAGACACAUAGGUAGGAAGAAAGGUGCAGUAUGUAUUAUAUUAAGAGUGCAUUUUCAGCCUUUGCCUUGUCUAGUCACCACCCAGACAUUACUGAUUUAGUUCAGGGGAAAAUGAUCAUGAUAGUUAUUUCUUUAAUGAAUUGUAGACAGAGUUCAGACUUUCCUCCAUGUGGCAAGUCUUGAGAGCAGCAUAAACUUACCAACCCAAUGAAAAUGGCUUUAUUACUGUAGUUUCUUUUUCAAAUUAGAAGUAGUGACUUAUUUUUGUGUCCUGUAUGUUAAAUGAAGUGAGGAGUUAGGCCUCAGGAAAGGUACAAGUAGCAAGGCUGAUGUUACUGUUGCAUCUUCUCAGCCUCCUCAGAUGCUCCUGUGUUCAGCCAUUCUAAUUGUUUCUGAAAGGCAUACUUCUUAUUUAAAUGCUUUUGUGGUCAUUGUUAUGGGUUAAGAGGAAAUAUUUAGCAUUUCGUUGUGUUGCCAUAGUGAUAGAGGGACGUAAGGGCUGUGGUGCUCGGUGCUCAGCCACGAAGAGGAAGGGUGUUGAUGCUGCCCCUCCAAUCCUGUCGUAGUUUCAUGAGGUAUACAUUCUCAAGAGUGCAAAAGGCUAAUCUCAAUUGAUCUAGUUUAUUUUUACUAUUGGUCUGCCUAAGUCUGUGUUAAGGGUGACAGGUUUUUUCAAAGUGAUGUAUUUCCUUCCUUGCUUGGCUCGUGAUGCCCCCGCUCACUCCUUCCACCCCCCGCGAUCCACUAGACCAAAGUCAUGAUCAGAGUCAAGGUCGAUGGAUAGCUUGUUGGUUUCCUUCUCCCAUUCCGUUGUUGGUGUCAAGUCAGCUGCUGGGAAGAGUCAAAGCUCCACCUUUCCCAUGUACUGACCACACAGCCACUGUUACACUAAUGACUCGCUAAGGAAGUGCCUUUGAUAUUUGAUGUGGGACCAAAGUGUGCCGUAGAUUGUAAGAACUACCCAACCUCUUGCUUUUGAGGAAGGGUGUUGUGCUGACCUGCCGGGUGAUGCAGUGUGGUUGGACCCGGCUGGACUGUCAUGGGUUUUGUUGCUUGUCUCCUUGUCAUAGCAACUCCUGAAUAGUUUGUAGACUUAACCUCUGUCAGGCAGUGCUGAAAGGCUUGUUUCUGCUGAGUGGGCUGUUUGCUCUCUUUCUUCUUUUUUACAAUCUAGUUGAGUUAUCCAGUGUUUUUAUAUUUGGAAAAAACUGGUCAUGUAUUGUGUUCUGUGUUAUGAGGUGAAUACAGAUUUGAUUCUCAGGUUUACAGAGUACAGUACCAAUGCAAUGCAAAGACUACUAGUUUAUUUUCAAAUCUUAAGAGGUUUGUGGACAGAUAUGCCUUGGCAGUGUUUGUAUGUAUAUAUUUUUGUGUGUGCUUUCAUGUGUGCGCACAUUUGUGGGAAGGACUCACAUACACUAAACCGCAUACUAAUUUUAGUGUGUACUGUGUCUUCCAGUUUUGAUUUGUAUUUUUUCACAAAAAGCCUUCCUGUAAGUAACUGCUCUUCAAUAGCUACUUCUGUUCCCUGCCCUGCCACUGGGUUGCUCUCUGUGGGGGAGCAGUUAACCUUUUGUCAAAAUAAAAAAGAUUUUCAGUA